AGAUGAGGCCUUUGUUUUCUGCCAUACAUCUAAAGAUAGAAAGCACUAAAGUUAACAAAGUCCACUAAGAGCUCUCUUUACCAUCUUCCCACUUCCCUUUGAGAAAGAAAACAGAACAAAGCAAAAGAAAGAAAGCAAACAGAAACAAAUGGCACUGAGAAUGUGGGCUUCCUCUACAGCAAACGCUCUCAAGCUCUCUUCUUCUGCAUCCAGAUCUCAUCUCCUUCCAGCUUUCUCCAUCUCCAGAUGCUUCUCCUCAGUGUUGGAAGGACUUAAGUAUGCAAAUUCACAUGAGUGGGUGAAACAUGAAGGCUCAGUGGCUACUAUUGGCAUCAGUGACCAUGCCCAGGAUCAUUUAGGAGAAGUUGUGUUUGUGGAGCUGCCUGAAGAAAAAAGUUCAGUGACCAAAGAAAAAAACUUUGGAGCAGUGGAGAGUGUGAAGGCAACAAGUGAGAUUAUAUCUCCAAUCUCUGGUGAAGUCAUCGAGGUUAACACAAAGCUCGCUGAUUCACCUGGCUUGAUUAACUCAAGCCCUUACGAAGAUGGUUGGAUGAUAAAGGUGAAACCAAGCAACCCCGCAGAGCUGGAAUCCUUGAUGGGUCCAAAGGAAUACACCAAGUUCUGCGAAGAGGAAGACGCUGCUCACUAGGGUUUCUUCGUCUUUGUCCUAAACAAAAAGCAAAACAAGAGAGGACCCAUGCUAAAUGUUUCAAUCUUUUCACUACUUCUCAAUGUUUCCUACCUCUGUAUCAAAUUUGUAUCUCUGUAAUACUGUUUUGGUUAAAAAUCGUUCGGUGAGUCUCAAGA